GUAACGACCAACUGAUUGCUUCUCUAGACCUUGACGUGGCGAGGGCUCUCGUGCAUCUUGUUUAUUGACCGCCACCAGGCGGCUGUUCCAAUACAUUCCGCCUCUUGUAACUUCUGUCACUGCCUUUGAACUCAACAUGUCAGUCGAUUAUGCGUGGCGGCCUCAGCUCCUUUAUAGAGGCAACACACUGAAUGCUCCUAUCUCAGUCACCUCUUUUUCAUCACCCCCAAUCCUGUCUUCGCGCUUUCAAUCUCAUGCAUCAAGCUCUGUGCAUUGCCGAAAUUCUAGACCAGAUCAGCUGGCACACUGAUCGUGGCUCACUUCCUGGCCUUGCCUUGACGUGUCGCACAUUUGAAGGUCCAGCACUUGACGCCCUAUGGAGGAAUUUGCAAUCACUAGAACCGUUGGUCAACUGUAUACCAACUCAUUUCUGGGGCUUCAAUUUCCAAGGGGAACUGAUGCUACUCAGGCCUAUCGAUACCAAGGUCUGGGCCACUUUUCGUAGAUACGCAUCCCGCGUGCACUCGAUCACACAAUCCGGAGAUCCAUCACCCAUUAUUGAACAUCUUCGGAUACUAAUGUUAUCUUACCCUUACCCAUCCUCGACCAUGUUUCCAGCUCUACAAAGUCUGGCUUGGAAUGUCAAUCAAACCCACCUCAUCAUCGAGUUCUUGCGUAUGGCAUUUGUGCCUUCAUUGGUUUCCUUGGAUCUACGAAUCACCUCGAUUUCGCCGGCCUUGAUGUCCGUCUUGUCCACUAUCGGGACCGCAUGUCCUAAUCUUACCUCCUUCCGACCUCAAGUAGACGACCCGACAUGGAACCGUGAGCUGGCGCCCUUCCUGACACAGGCGAUAUGUCAGCUGCAUCAUCUUUCCGCCUUGACCGUAUGCGAGCUAGAAGAUCCAGGAAUGAUGCACGUCACUCAGCUACAGUCUCUGAAGACACUUUGGCUUUACAUAGGGCCAUCUUUUCUCCGACGCACGGGGUUACUACCGCAGUCACUUGGUCUAGAACAUUUGGAACAUUUGGGUCUUCAAGCUAUUAGACUCAACCAUAUGACAGACUUCUUACGUUCUCUUGGAACGGUCCGAAGCAAACAUAUUACGGCCGUCUUUUCCUCGAACGCAUUUGGACAGCAAUCCGAUUCUAUAUCCCAGUUCUGCACUAUGGUCCUAGAACGAUGCGACAACGACACACUCGAGGCCAUAACACUCUGCGAACAAUUCUACAACACCUUCCAUAAUGUAUACGCCCAACCAAGCGACUUUGGCCCUCUGCGCCUUCUUCGCAAUUUAACCUAUUUCGAUGUCGAGGCAGCAUGUACCAUCUCGAUCUCCAACGAUGGACUAGGCGAGCUGGUAAAGGCAUGGCCGAAGCUCACAACAUUCAGACUCAACUGCUAUCGCGACCCCACUAGUACUGUGCUACCUACCUUCCAUGGGCUGAUUAAUGUGCUUCGACUUUGCCCCGAAUUGGUAUCUCUCUCUCUUGUCAUCGAUACCACGCAGCUCGAUGGUAUAGACAUCAAAUCUCCCGGAAAUGGUAUCGGUAAUAACGGUUUGCAAGAUCUUGUCCUCGGUAACUCGCCAAUUAGUUCGCCAUUAGAUGUGGCUCUUGUCCUUAGCAGCCUCUUGCCCAACCUGAUGGGGGUUAAUCUUUCCCCUUGGAUUGGUGGUCCACUGGAUGCAUUGUUCGCGAAGCAAUGGGCAAUGGAGCAAUGGAAGCAGGUCAAUCGCUUACUUGGUGGCUUUCACAUUGUAAGGACACGGUUUUUGGGGCAAUAGUUGACUCCUGUAUCUCGUUUGUACUUGUUGUAUAAUUAUCUGUUCCAUGUAUUACUAUCAAUUAAGACUGCGGAGCGUGUGCUCCUAGUAUUACUGCA